AUGGUACGCUCGCGUGCAGGCUCACCCCCAUCCGACCAUCACCCCCAUCCGACCAUCACCCCCAUCCGACCAUCACCCCCAUCCGACCAUCACCCCCAUCCGACCAUCACCCCCAUCCGACCAUCACCCCCAUCCGACCAUCACCCCCAUCCGACCAUCACCCCCAUCCGACCAUCACCCCCAUCCGACCAUCACCCCCAUCCGACCAUCACCCCCAUCCGACCAUCACCCCCAUCCGACCAUCACCCCCAUCCGACCAUCACCCCCAUCCGACCAUCACCCCCAUCCGACCAUCACCCCCAUCCGACCAUCACCCCCAUCCGACCAUCACCCCCAUCCGACCAUCACCCCCAUCCGACCAUCACCCCCAUCCGACCAUCACCCCCAUCCGACCAUCACCCCAUCCGACCAUCACCCCCAUCCGACCAUCACCCCAUCCGACAUCCGACCAUCACCCCCAUCCGACCAUCACCCCCAUCCGACCAUCACCCCCAUCCGACCAUCACCCCCAUCCGACCAUCACCCCCAUCCGACCAUCACCCCCAUCCGACCAUCACCCCCAUCCGACCAUCACCCCCAUCCGACCAUCACCCCCAUCCGACCAUCACCCCCAUCCGACCAUCACCCCCAUCCGACCAUCACCCCCAUCCGACCAUCACCCCCAUCCGACCAUCACCCCCAUCCGACCAUCACCCCCAUCCGACCAUCACCCCCAUCCGACCAUCACCCCCAUCCGACCAUCACCCCCAUCCGACCAUCACCCCCAUCCGACCAUCACCCCCAUCCGACCAUCACCCCCAUCCGACCAUCACCCCCAUCCGACCAUCACCCCCAUCCGACCAUCACCCCCAUCCGACCAUCACCCCCAUCCGACCAUCACCCCCAUCCGACCAUCACCCCCAUCCGACCAUCACCCCCAUCCGACCAUCACCCCCAUCCGACCAUCACCCCCAUCCGACCAUCACCCCCAUCCGACCAUCACCCCCAUCCGACCAUCACCCCCAUCCAACCAUCACCCCCAUCCGACCAUCACCCCCAUCCGACCAUCACCCCCAUCCAACCAUCACCCCCAUCCGACCAUCACCCCCAUCCGACCAUCACCCCCAUCCAACCAUCACCCCCAUCCAACCAUCACCCCCAUCCGAGCAUCAUCCCCAUCCAACCAUCACCCCCAUCCGACCAUCACCCCCAUCCGACCAUCACCCCCAUCCGACCAUCACCCCCAUCCGACCAUCACCCCCAUCCAACCAUCACCCCCAUCCGAGCAUCAUCCCCAUCCAACCAUCACCCCCAUCCAACCAUCACCCCCAUCCAACCAUCACCCCCAUCCGAGCAUCAUCCCCAUCCAACCAUCACCCCCAUCCAACCAUCACCCCCAUGCCCAUCCAACCAUCACCCCCAUCCAACCAUCAACCCCAUCCAACCAUCACCCCCAUCCAACCAUCACCCCCAUCCAACCAUCACCUCCAUCCAACCAUCACCCCCAUGCCCAUCCAACCAUCACCCCCAUCCAACCAUCACCCCCAUCCAACCAUACCCCCAUCCAACCAUCACCCCCAUCCGAGCAUCAUCCCCAUCCAACCAUCACCCCCAUCCAACCAUCACCCCCAUGCCCAUCCAACCAUCACCCCCAUCCAACCAUCAAACCCAUCCAACCAUCACCCCCAUCCAACCAUCACCCCCAUCCAACCAUCACCCCCAUCCAACCAUCACCCCCAUCCGACCAUCACCCCCAUCCGACCAUCACCCCCAUCCGACCAUCACCCCCAUCCAACCAUCACCCCCAUCCAACCAUCACCCCCAUCCAACCAUCACCCCCAUCCAACCAUACCCCCAUCCAACCAUCACCCCCAUCCGAGCAUCAUCCCCAUCCAACCAUCACCCCCAUCCAACCAUCACCCCCAUGCCCAUCCAACCAUCACCCCCAUCCAACCAUCAACCCCAUCCAACCAUCACCCCCAUCCAACCAUCACCCCCAUCCAACCAUCACCCCCAUCCAACCAUCACCCCCAUCCAACCAUCACCCCCAUCCGAGCAUCAUCCCCAUCCAACCAUCACCCCCAUGCAACCAUCACCCCCAUCCAACCAUCACCCCCAUGCCCAUCCAGCCAUCACCCCCAUCCAACCAUCACCCCCAUCCAACCAUACCCCCAUCCAACCAUCACCCCCAUCCGAGCAUCAUCCCCAUCCAACCAUCACCCCCAUCCAACCAUCACCCCCAUGCCCAUCCAACCAUCACCCCCAUCCAACCAUCAACCCCAUCCAACCAUCACCCCCAUCCAAUCAUCACCCCCAUCCAACCAUCACCCCCAUCCAACCAUCACCCCCAUCCGACCAUCACCCCCAUCCGACCAUCACCCCCAUCCGACCAUCACCCCCAUCCAACCAUCACCCCCAUCCAACCAUCACCCCCAUCCAACCAUCACCCCCAUCCAACCAUACCCCCAUCCAACCAUCACCCCCAUCCGAGCAUCAUCCCCAUCCAACCAUCACCCCCAUCCAACCAUCACCCCCAUGCCCAUCCAACCAUCACCCCCAUCCAACCAUCAACCCCAUCCAACCAUCACCCCCAUCCAACCAUCACCCCCAUCCAACCAUCACCCCCAUCCAACCAUCACCCCCAUCCAACCAUCACCCCCAUCCGAGCAUCAUCCCCAUCCAACCAUCACCCCCAUGCAACCAUCACCCCCAUCCAACCAUCACCCCCAUGCCCAUCCAGCCAUCACCCCCAUCCAACCAUCACCCCCAUCCAACCAUACCCCCAUCCAACCAUCACCCCCAUCCGAGCAUCAUCCCCAUCCAACCAUCACCCCCAUCCAACCAUCACCCCCAUGCCCAUCCAACCAUCACCCCCAUCCAACCAUCAACCCCAUCCAACCAUCACCCCCAUCGAAUCAUCACCCCCAUCCAACCAUCACCCCCAUCCAGCCAUCACCCCCAUCCGACCAUCACCCCCAUCCGACCAUCACCCCCAUCCGACCAUCACCCCCAUCCGACCAUCACCCCCAUCCGACCAUCACCCCCAUCCAACCAUCACCCCCAUCCAACCAUCACCCCCAUGCCCAUCCAACCAUCACCCCCAUCCAACCAUCAACCCCAUCCAACCAUCACCCCCAUCCGACCAUCACCCCCAUCCGACCAUCACCCCCAUCCGACCAUCACCCCCAUCCGACCAUCACCCCCAUCCGACCAUCACCCCCAUCCGACCAUCACCCCCAUCCGACCAUCACCCCCAUCCGACCAUCACCCCCAUCCGACCGCACCUCUAUCCGACCGCACCUCUAUGAGCACGGCGCCUCAAAACCCCUUCCCCACCCUCUUCUCCUCCCCACAUGUAUGCAUCCCUCACAGCGCACCUCUAUGAGCACGGCGACAGCGGCUCGCGUGCGCUUGAUGGGGAGAUGGAAGCGACGAGACGAGAGAGGAAGGGGGGGGUGGGAGGAUGAGGGGAGGAGAGGGGGAGUGAGGCGGGCAGAGGUGGAUGGAGAUGAAGGGGAGAAGUGCGAUGAGCUGAGCAGUGAGUGGUGA